AUGGAUGGAACAGACACCGUCACCUUCCUUCUCUCUUUGACUUUGUCGAAAAUCAAAAUUCUGCUCGAUCUCAAGGAUCUACACCAAGCACGACAAGCCGUUGGACCGAAGGUCCCCCAAGAGGUACUGGACGAGAUCCUGGCAAAAAUCCCUCGAAGCUCAUCAAUCAAGGCCAAUCGCCGUAUCAUAAGCAGCCCCGAUCUGUCCGCCGAAAUUGCAAAACUAGAUACCCAAGUUGACGCCCUCUACAAGAAAAUUCGCCAGACAAACUUCUUCUGGUGGCGAACUCUAGUAGAUCAACCACUCGAUGCUAUUCAGACUGUCGUUGCCAGGUCGCAUGGUGUCGCUCCAGCGGAAUGCGGGAGUCCACUCGAAGCAGCCAUCUGGAUCACACAGAGAUCCCAAUGUUUUUGCUGGAUUCAAACGCCAGGGGCUCUGGAUUUCCUAAGGGGGAAGAACUCGAACUUUACACUCCCUAUGUUGAGCCAGACUCAUCGGAUCUACGGGAGACGUGCAGAUGAGUUAGUUUCGGCUUUGUACAACUCCUAG